CAGGUGGCCGGGCGCGCACGCAGGCGCAGGCCACGCGGGUCAGGCCAGAGAGAGCUACGCCUCCCGGAGCCGCAGGGUUCCGGCGGGCCCCCGACCUGCGGCGGAUGCGGCUGCUGCUGAGUCAAGGAGGAAAUGAUCAUGAAGAGAAGUUUCUCGCUGGCGGCCAGGCUUUGUUCGCGCCAACCGCGCUCCAGAUGCCACCGGGAAGGGAGAGCGACAGAGCGGUCUGCAAGGGCCAGGCUACCGCUGGGCGGGAGGGACUGAGUGGUCCCAUCCUUGGCUACUCAAGCGGCACCCUUUUCCCCACCCUGCCACAAUCGACCCGCCGCCGGAGCACCGCCUGUCCUCUUGCACUGCCGUCGCUGCCGCGCCUCCUCCGAGAUGCCCCAGCACUCAGCGGGGGACAAGCCCUUCGUCUCGAUGCCGCAGCCAGUCUUCCCCAGGCCCCCCUUGGCUGCCAACGGCGGCUGUGACCACACGCCCCCCGUCAGGCGGGCGUCGCUCGGCUCGCCCCUGAGCCCCGGUGCCCUGCGCGCGGCCGCCCACGGCCCGCUGGACUCCAGCAGCCAGCCGCUGUGCCAGCCCGAGAAGCACGGGCCGCAGGCCGCGGCCCGGGAGGUGCGCUACGUGGCGGCGGCGGGGCCGGGCGAGGCGUGCGGCUGGCGGGCCUUCGCGCCCGCGUGCCUGCAGGUCUUCAACACGCCCUGCGGCUUCCUGCUGUUCCUGUGCGCGGCCUCCUUCCUGCAGGGCAUGACGGUGAACGGCUUCAUCAACUCGGUCAUCACGUCCAUCGAGCGGCGCUUCGACCUGCACAGCUACCAGAGCGGCCUCACCGCCAGCUCCUACGACGUGGCCGCCUGCCUCUGCCUCACCUUCGUCAGCUACUUCGGCGGCCACGGCCACAAGCCCCGCUGGCUGGGCUGGGGCGUGCUGGUCAUGGGCGCCGGCUCGCUGGUGUUCGCGCUGCCCCACUUCACGACCGGCCCCUACGAGGUGCAGGGGGACGAGGUCGUGGGCACCUGCCGCGCCAACCAGAGCACGCCGUGCGGGGGCCGCGCGUCCAGCCUGUCCGGCUACCGGCUGGUCUUCAUGCUGGGCCAGUUCCUGCACGGCGUGGGGGCCACGCCGCUCUACACGCUGGGCGUCACCUACCUGGACGAGAACGUCAAGUCCAGCUCUUCGCCAGUCUACCUCGCCACCUUCUACACCGCAGCCAUCCUCGGCCCCGCAGCCGGCUACCUGGUCGGAGGUGCCCUGCUGAAUAUUUACACCGAAAUAGGCACACGGACAGAGCUGACCACGGAGAGCCCGCAUUGGGUUGGCGCCUGGUGGGUCGGCUUCCUGGGCGCCGGAGCCGCGGCUUUCCUCAUCGCAGUCCCCAUUCUCGGGUACCCACGGCAGCUGCCAGGCUCCCAGCGCUACGUGGUCAUGAGAGCAUCUGAAACUCACCAGUUAAAGGACAGCAGCCACAAGGCAGCCAGCAACCCUGACUUCGGGAAAACCAUCAGAGACCUGCCUCUGUCCAUCUGGCUGCUCCUGAAGAAUCCCACGUUCAUCCUGCUCUGCCUGGCCGGGGCCACCGAGGCCACGCUCAUUGCCGGCAUGUCCACGUUCGGCCCCAAGUUCCUCGAGUCCCAGUUCAGCCUGAGCGCCUCGGAAGCCGCCACCUUGUUCGGGUACCUGGUGGUGCCGGCGGGCGGCGGGGGCACGUUCCUGGGUGGCUUCUUUGUGAACAAGCUCAAGCUGCGUGGCUCGGGCACCAUCAAGUUCUGCCUGCUCUGCACCCUGGCCAGCGGGCUGACCACCCUGGCCUUCCUCACACACUGCCCCAACGUGCCCAUGGCGGGCGUGACUGUCAGCUACAAUGGGAGCCUCCUGCCUGAAGGCCACCUGGAGCUGACGGCCGCCUGCAACGCCCACUGCGGCUGCUGGGCAGGACACUACACCCCCGUGUGUGGCUCCGACGGCCUCAUGUACCACUCGCCCUGCCACGCGGGAUGCUCUGAGGCGGCCCCGCCCCGCCCGGGCGGCCAGAAGGUGAGUUUGGCCACCGCCCACGUCAGCCGCACUGGACCCUGGGAGGCCCCGCCCCUUCCUCCUGUAAUCAGUGCUGUUGUUGUGUGCUCCCAGGUGUACCGGGACUGUAGCUGUGUCCCUCAGAAUUUGUCCUCUGGGUUUGGCCAUGCUACUGCAGGGAAAUGCACUUCAACUUGUCAAAGAAAGCCCCUCCUUCUGGUUUUCAUAUUCGUUGUAAUUAUCUUUACAUUCCUCAGCAGCAUUCCUGCACUAACGGCGACUUUACGGUGCGUCUGUGACCGGCAGAGAUCCUUUGCCCUGGGAAUCCAGUGGAUCGUGGUUCGAACGCUAGGUGGCAUCCCGGGGCCCAUCGCCUUCGGCUGGGUGAUUGACAAGUCGUGCCUGCUCUGGCAGGACCAGUGCGGCCAGCAGGGCUCCUGUUUCGUGUACCAGAACUCGGCCAUGAGCCAGUACAUGCUCAUCAUGGGGCUGCUGUACAAGACUAGCUCAGACAGAGCCACGCGUGAGAAGGCGGUUUGUGUGGCUCUGAACAAGAGCGACAGGUCCUGGGCUUCGUCUUCUUCGCCGCUGCCUGCCUCUUCUACAAGCCCCUGUCGCAGGCUUCGGACGGCCUGGAAGCCUCUCUGCCCAGCCAGUCCUCGGCCUCCGACAAUCCCCCAGACCUUCAGGGAGCCCCCUCGGCCCUCCAGCUCCAGAGCAAUGUCUGACCGCUCACCUGCCCGCCAGGGACAGGGCCCACCGGGCAGCGCUGCCCCGGAACUCUGCCUAAUUUCUCGCCGGAAGGGGUGAUCCCUGGCCCACUGGCCCUGGCACUGAAGACCCUGCAAAAAUCUGCCAUUGGAUCUGGGGGCACCAAGCCAGGGGCCACGUGUCGACGCCUCAGAGGCACCAAGGAGAAGGAAUCCGAGACCCACGGGAAUGGACGCCCCCCACCCUGGAUCACAUCCGGGGGAGGGGUGACCAGCUCUCAGAAGGGGCGAGACCCGCAGCCACCUCCCAGCCGGUACAUCGCUGCUCCUUCCCACAGACUUGGCAGGACAACCCCGGGGCCUCAAGACCCCCUGGACCCAGUAACGGCUGUGCCGAUAGAUAGAUAUAUAUAUAUUUUUGUCUUUGGUCUUUUUAGGGCCACGCCCAAGGCAUAUGGAAGCUCCCAGGCU